AUGGCGGCGGUUCUUAGUGGAGACGCUAGGGCGGUGGGCAGGAUCGAGGAGAAGUACGUGGUAGAUCGCGAGCUCUGUCGCAGGGAGUUUGGAGUCACCUACCUCUGCCUGGACCACGUCACCGGGGAACUGCUCGCCUGCAAGUCGAUCUUGAAGAGGAAGCUGCGGACGGCGGUUGACGUGGAGGACGUGCGGCGGGAGGUCGCGAUAAUGCGGCACCUGCCGAGGAACUCCAACAUCGUGAACCUGUGGGAGGUGUGCGAGGACGACGGAGUCGUGCAUUUGGUCAUGGAGCUGUACGAGGGCGGGGAGCUCUUUGACCGCAUUGUGGCGAGGGGCCACUACUCAGAGCGCGCGGCAGCUGUGGUCAUGAAGACCAUUGUUGAGGAUGUCUUCAUGAUCCGUGAGUUCCUUCCUCAGUUCCUUGUGUUGGAAUUGGCAGCAACUUGGGCGGAGAAGGGAGGAUGUCUUCUCCUGCUCCUCCCUUCUGAGAUGGACUGUGAAAGAUUUUCUGAGAUAGUUGGAAGCCCUUAUUACAUGGCUCCAGAAGUUUUAAAACAGAAUUAUGGACCAGAAAUUGAUAUAUGGAGUGCUGGAGUUAUACUCUAUAUCUUACUGUGUGGAGUUCCACCAUUUUGGGCUGAAACUGAACAGGGAGUUGCUCAAGCAAUUCUUAGGGGCGUAAUAGAUUUCAAAUGGGAACCAUGGCCUAGUAUUUCUGACAGUGCUAAAAAUUUAGUUAGGCUAAUGUUGGAACCUGAUCCCAAGCUUCGGUUAACUGCAAAGCAAGGCAGUCUUUCAUGA